AUGGCGGCAGAGCGGGGAAAGGCUCGGACCGGUGCUGAAAUGCGCGUUCCUUUGGCCGGCCCGGGACAGGAGCACGCUUGUGGUGCCCGGGCUCCUGUUCCCGGUGCUGUGUCGGCGCGGCCUGUGCUUCCGAGGAGGGAGCCCGCAGGCCUUGGCCGCGCGGUCUGGAGUCGGCCCUGCAGGAGACGCGUGCGGUGGGUGGCCUUGUCGCGGGGUCGGGCGGCAGUGUGGUUUGUCGGGCUCCGCUUAGCGUGUGAUCUGCUUCUUCCUCACAGAAAGGGCUUGUCCCAGUCAGCCUUGCCCUACAGACGCAGUGUGCCUACGUGGCUGAAACUUACUUCUGAUGAUGUAAAGGAACAGAUCUACAAGCUGGCUAAGAAAGGCCUGACUCCCUCGCAGAUCGGUGUAAUCCUGAGGGAUUCCCAUGGUGUUGCCCAGGUUCGCUUUGUUACUGGCAACAAAAUUUUGAGAAUCCUUAAAUCGAAGGGCCUGGCCCCAGACCUACCUGAGGAUCUUUAUCACUUGAUCAAGAAAGCUGUUGCUGUUCGCAAACAUCUUGAGAGAAACAGAAAGGAUAAAGACGCCAAGUUCCGCCUGAUUCUGAUUGAAAGCCGAAUCCAUAGGUUGGCUCGCUACUACAAAACUAAGAGAGUGCUGCCACCCAAUUGGAAGUAUGAAUCAUCGACAGCUUCUGCCCUGGUUGCAUAAGAGCUGGCUAUGACUUACUGAAAAAAUAAAUCUUCAUUAACUAA